AAGAGAAAAUAGCUUAGAGAUAUUAGCGCAGGACGAAGAAUGGCCCUGGUAUCCUUCCCGACCCCUCGACCCUGUAAAUACGAGAGACAGCCCCUCCUUCCCCAUCGAUAAAGAUUUUAUACGAGAUCCUGUUUAUUUGAUUUUCUGUCACUCUUAUAUAUCACCGAACCCUCCGACAUGAUUGUUCGUCUUCAUCCUUCCGCAUCGCCCUAAAAAAGAGCUGGCGUAUAUUCACGAUGUUUUUCAUCCUUUCAGUCGCUACCCUAGUUUCCUUAGCCAGCAGCCAUGUCUUCCCCCAGCAAACAGACACUUAUCACUACAUGCCCGUCGAUUUCGACUACGGCGCUGAUUCGAGAGUGACGACGAAUAUUAGCUUUGGUACUUCGAGAGAUGCGGAGCCUUUCAAGGUCGUGAUGGAUACGGGGAGUGCGGAUUUUUGGGUGAGCUCGGCGAAUACUACAAACCUUUGCAAUGUACAAAUCGCUAAUCCUGAGAUGUGAGUAGAUAUGGGAACCAGGAGCGAUUGUCCAUUGGGGGUCUCCGUAUCUUGGAGUUAUCGGGCCUUGUAAUGAGACCGUUCCAACGAGAUAUGAUCCCGAGAAAUCGACAACUGCUGUUAUCAGAGAUAAAGCGUCGACGUAUGCUUACGCCGGGAAUUCAAAGAUUGUUUCGGGCUCGCGUUACGCGAAUGAUACCAUUACGGUCCCAGGAGGUAAUGGGCCGAUUCCUAAUGUCCAGUUUGCGUUGGAGAAUACAUGUCUUAUUCGACAACGUGAUGGUGGGAGUUGUUCAUCGAUAUCUUAUGACCUUGGGAUCUUGGGACUUUCUCCUAACACGGAAACUACAUCCGGUCCCUCAUUUCGCCAGAAUCUAUUUGAUACCGGAGCGAUUGCAUCGAAGACUAUGGUUAUGUGGUUCAAUAAACAUAUCGGUUCUCUCGGGAAACUCACUGGAGGGAUCCUUUUUGGUGCGAUCGAUAGGUCGAAAUAUAUAGGUCCACUGGUGAGGGUACCGAAUGCUAUUACAUCUGGACAAGUAGGAUAUUACGUUCCCAAACCAUUAAUUUACUUCAACGGCCAGAGCUUCAACGGAACUGCGGAUACGAAUUGUCUCGUUGACUCGGGGGCCCAUGCGGAUUAUCUUCCUCUUGGAUAUGGAGAGCAAGAAAGGGAAUUCGCUGCCAAGACUGGACUUGUGAAUUACAAUGGUGUUGUUGCGUAUAAUGGAAGUUGCGACUCGAUCCCACAGGAUAUUGCGAUUUCGUAUACUUUUGCGGGUGUUGAUGCGAAGGAGAAUGUUACUAUUGAUAUUCCACUGAGGAAUUAUGCUAGGGGAGCUUUUGGACCUGAGGGAUUGUGUCUUCUGAAUCUUGAGAUUGGGGGUUGUCUGCUUGGGGCUCCUUUCGCUUCGAGCGCGUUUAUUGCUGUUGAUGAUGGGGAUAGGUCUAUUGCGUUUGCUCAAGGGGGAGUUUCGGAAGAAGGUUCGGGCGUUGAUGGUGAGAAGUUGGUUGUAAUUGGUGCUGGAGAGAGCUAUGAUCCUAAAUAA